AUGCUUCCUCAAGCAACAUCUCUCCUUCCUGACCGAGUCCUGGACCUACCAAAGGUGGACUCCUGCCUCUCGAACUUGAUCCUCCUGGCUUCGUCCACCGACACCCGAAAUGCGUUGGUUACGACCUCUACUGGCAUGGCUCUAAUAGCAGAAGUGCGCCCAGCAGCAUCGAAAGUCAUGGCGUUAUCGUUGGUUUUGAAGUCUUUAACAAAUCUAACUCAGCUCAUAUACCUUGAUCUUCAUGACAACCAUAUCACAGGAGAUCUCCCAGUGUUUAAUUCUCUGUCGAUUCUCCAAGUUUUGAAACUCAGAAACAAUUCUUUUAAAGGGUCCAUUCCGCUUGAGUUAUCAAAACUCAGUGCUCUUCGAGUGCUUGAUCUCUCCAGCAAUAACCUUAGCGGAAAUAUUCCAUCUAGUUUGGGAAAUCUUAGUGGGAUGAGUACUAAUUAUGAUUCAUCAAUAAUUUUUGCGUACAACAGAGCGAAUAUAUCACAUAAAUCUUGGAGAACCUAUUGGGAGGAGUUCACUGGAAUGCACGACUUGGAAGUGUACUGGAAGGAGUCAUGGCAAGUUCUUGUUUAUUUAAAUAGUCUCAUGUAUUUCCUAGACCUGUCAAACAACCAAUUAUCAGGUGAAAUUCCCGAGAAUUUAGGCGGUUUGAGAUAUUUGAAAUCGCUUUACUUAUCCAGUAACAGGCUCUCAGGAAAAGUAGCUCGGAGUGUUGGUGAUUUGCAGAGCUUGGAGAGUCUUGAUCUGUCCCACAACAAUUUCUCUGGAGAAAUUUCUCAAACAUUUGCGAAUCUGUUACAACUCACACAAUUGAACUUAAAAGACAACAAGUUUGAAGGGCGUUAA